ACACCUUCGGCAGCAGGAAGGAGGCAGCUUCUCGCAGGCGGCAGGGCGGGCGGCCGGGAUCAUGUCCACCACCACGUGCCAAGUGGUGGCGUUCCUCCUGUCCAUCCUGGGGCUGGCGGGCUGCAUCGCGGCCACCGGGAUGGACAUGUGGAGCACCCAGGACCUGUACGACAACCCCGUCACCUCCGUGUUCCAGUACGAAGGGCUCUGGAGGAGCUGCGUGAGGCAGAGCUCGGGGUUCACCGAAUGCAGGCCCUAUUUCACCAUCCUGGGCCUUCCAGCCAUGCUGCAGGCAGUGCGAGCCCUGAUGAUCGUAGGCAUCGUCCUGGGUGCUAUUGGCCUCCUGGUAUCCAUCUUUGCCCUGAAAUGCAUCCGCAUCGGCAGCAUGGAGGACUCUGCCAAAGCCAACAUGACGCUGACCUCUGGGAUCAUGUUCAUUGUCUCAGGUCUCUGUGCAAUUGCUGGAGUGUCUGUGUUUGCCAACAUGCUGGUGACUAACUUCUGGAUGUCCACAGCUAACAUGUACACCGGCAUGGGUGGGAUGGUGCAGACUGUUCAGACCAGGUACACAUUUGGUGCGGCUCUGUUCGUGGGCUGGGUCGCUGGAGGCCUCACACUAAUUGGGGGUGUGAUGAUGUGCAUCGCCUGCCGGGGCCUGGCACCGGAAGAAACCAACUACAAAGCCGUUUCUUAUCAUGCCUCGGGCCACAGUGUUGCCUACAAGCCUGGAGGCUUCAAGGCCAGCACUGGCUUUGGGUCCAACACCAAAAACAAGAAGAUAUACGAUGGGGGUGCCCGCACAGAGGACGAGGUACAAUCUUAUCCUUCCAAGCACGACUAUGUGUAAUACUCUAAGACCUCUCAGCACGGGCAGAAGAAACUCCCAGAGAGCUCACCCAAAAAACAAGGAGAUUCCAUCUUGAUUUCUUAUUGCUUUUGACUCACAGCUGGAAGUUAGAAAAGCCUUGAUUUCAUCUUUGGAGAGGCCAAAUGGUCUUAGCCUCAUGUCUCUGUCUCUAAAUAUUCCAUCAUAAAACAUCUGAGUUAUUUAUGAAUUAGAGGCUAUAGCUCACAUUUUCAAACCUCUAUUUCUUUUUUUAAAUAUAACUUUCUACUCUGAUGAGAGAAGGUGGUUUUAAUCUCUCUCUCACAUUUUGAUGAUUUAGACAGACUCCCCCUCUUCCUCCUAGUCAAUAAACCCAUUGAUGAUCUAUUUCCUAGCUUAUCCCCAAGAAAACUUUUGAAAGGAAAAAGAGUAGAUCCAAAGACAUUAUUUUCUGCUAUUUGACUUUUGUCUCCCUACCCCCAACUUGGCUAGUAAUAAACACUUACUGAAGAAGAAGCAAUAAGAGAAAGAUAUUUGUAAUCUCUCCAGCCCAUGAUCUUGGUUUUCUUACACUGUGAUCUUAAAAGUUACCAAACCAAAGUGAUUUUCAGUUGGAGGCAACCAAACCUUUCUACUGCUGUUGGCAUCUUCUUAUUCCAGCAAGACCAUUCUAGGAGUUUCCUGAGCUCUCCACUGCAGUCCUCUUUCUGUCGCGGGUCAGAAAUUGUCCCUAGAUGAAUGAGAAAAUUAUUUUUUUUAAGUCCUAAAUAUAGUAAAAAUAAAUAAUGUUUUAGUAAAAUGAUACACUAUCUCUGUGAAUUAGCCUCACCCCUACAUGUGGAUAGAAGGAAAUGAAAAAAAUAAUUGCUUCAACAUUGUCUAUAUGGUACUUUGUAAAGUCAUGCUUAAGUACAAAUUCCGUGAAAGGCUCACUGAUCCUAAUUCUUUCCCUUUGAGGUCUCUGUGGCUCUGAUUAUACAUGAUAAUAAGUGUAAGCCAUGUAAAAAAUAAUGUCUGGGCACAGUGGCUCACGCCUGUAAUCCUAGCACUUUGGGAGGCUGAGGAGGAAGGAUCACUUGAGCCCAGAAGUUCGAGACCAGCCUGGGCAACAUGGAGAAACCCUGUCUCUACAAAAUACAGAGAAAAAAUCAGCCAGUCAUGGUGGCAUACACCUGUAGUCCCAGCAUUCCGGGAGGCUGAGGUGGGAGGAUGACUUGAGCCUAGGGAGGUUGGGGCUGCAGUGAGCCAUGGUCACACCACUGCACUCCAGCCAGGUGACAUAGCGAGAUCCUGUCUAAAAAAUAAAAAAUAAAUAAUGGAACACAGCAAGUCCUAGGAAGUAGGUUAAAACCAAUUCUUUUAAAAAAAAAAAAAAAAAAAAAAAGUUGAGCCUGAAUUAAAUGUAAUGUUUCCAAGUGACACAUAUCCACAUUUGCAUGGUUACAAGCCACUGCCAGUUGGCAGUAGCACUUUCCUGGCACUGUGGUUGGUUUUGUUUUGUUUCGCUUUGUUUAGAGACGGGGUCUCACUUUCCAGGCUGGCCUCAAACUCCUGCACUCAAGCAAUUCUCCUACCCUGGCCUCCCAAGUAGCUGGGACUACAGGUGUGCGCCAUCACAACUGGCUGGUGGUCAGUUUUAUUACUCUGAGAGCUGUUCCCUUCUCUGAAUUCACCUAGAGUGGUUGGACCAUCAGAUGUUUGGGCAAAACUGAAAGCUCUUUGCAACCACACACCUUCCCUGAGCUUACAUCACUGCCCUUUGGAGCAGAAAGUCUAAAUUCCUUCCGGGACAGUAGAAUUCUAUCCCAGUACCAAACCCAGAUAGGCCCCCUAGGAAACUGAGGUAAAAGCAGUCUCUAAAAACUACCCACAGCAGCAUUGUUGCAGGGGAACUUGGCCAUUAGGUUAUUAUUUGAGAGUAAAGUCCUCACAUCAAUAGUACAUAUGAAAGUGACCUCCAAGGGGAUUGGUGAAUACUCAUAAGGAUCUUCAGGCUGAACAGACUAUGUCUGGGGAAAGAACGGAUUAUGCCCCAUUAAAUAAUAACAAGUUGUGUUCAAGAGUCAGAGCAGUGAGCUCAGAGGCCCUUCUCACUGAGACAGCAACAUUUAAACCAAACCAGAGGAAGUAUCUGUGGAACUCACUGCCUCAGUUUGGGUAAAGGUUGAGCAGACAAGUCAACUAAAGAAAAAAGAAAAGUAAGGAGGAGGGUUGGGCAAUCUAGAGCAUGGAGAUUGUUAAGUGCUCUCUGGAUCUGAGUUGAAGAGCAUCCAUUUGAGUUGAAGGCCACAGGGCACAAUGAGCUCUCCCUCCUACCACCAGAAAGUCCCUGGUCAGGUCUCAGGUAGUGCGGUGUGGCCCAGCUGGGUUUUUAAUUAGCGCAUUCUCUAUCCAACACUUAAUUGUUUGAAAGCCUCCAUAUAGUUAGAUUGUAAUUUUGCUGUUGUUGCUCUAUCUUAUUGUAUAUGCAUUGAGUAUUAACCUGAAUGUUUUGUUACUUAAGUAUUAAAAACACUGUUAUCCUACA